UGGGAAGCGUGAAUAUUGAAUCAGGCCAGACACCUGUCGCACAUAAGUCUGCGUCGCAUCGUCGUACACUCACUCACACAUACGGGCAUCCAUGCCAUGCAGCCACGGAAAAACGCAUCACUAGCAGGCAGCAUAGCGUCGUCUGACUAUGUACAGUCCCUCACUCGCGGCGGGCCGGCCGGCCCACACACGACUCCACACCACCAUCACGACACCGAUGAAUGAAUCGGCAGCGUAUGUACACGUGUCGCAUCAGCAUGAUCCAUCCACCACACCGGUGUGUGGGCAGGGAGGGCAUCAUAGCUCGUCCUUGCUGAACUGAAUGCUGCACACACACACACACACACACACACAUCACACAGGCAGGGCAGAGGGGACAACGAAUAUGGGUAAGUAAACUGUUCGCUUGGCGGGGCUGCUGGUGGUGCAUGUGUGUGUGUGUGUGUGUGUGUGUGUGUGUACGUGGCGUGUUGCUGGAGGAAGUCGAUGAUGGUGUCCACGUCCCUCUCGCCCUCAUAGUCUAUCGCAUGCUGCUUGUCACUGAUGGAUGAACCAAGGCGUGGGUCGACGAACGAAUGGGCGAAUGGGCGACACACAGCACACAGGCAGAUACACACCGUGCUUGCGCUCUCACCGUUGUGGGAAGAAUUUGACCGUGGGGAAGCCCUGGAUGUCCAGACCCUGACCGACCGAAACAACAGACAGACAGACGGAUGCGUCUGACUGAGUCUGGUGUGGUCUGCGUGUGUGUGGACGUGGCGUAUGCAGGGUACCUACCAAUACGUCGUUUGCUGUGGCGUCCAUGUCUGCGAUGAGGAUGCUCUCGACGGAGCUCAUCUUCUCCGCCACGGACUUGUACAUACCGCUGAACUUCUUGCAGUGACCGCACCUGAUUGACAGACACCAUCGACCGACAGGACACACACGACUCACACCUGAGUCAGUGUCACGUCACGUCACGUCAGGUCAGGCCACCUACCAUGGUGCGUAGAAGAAGACGAGCACGUCCUUCUUGGACUUCAUGACCACAUCAUCGAACGUCUUGCCAACCACAGCCUGACACACAUAGAAACGGCCGCCAUGCACUGCGUGCGGUAUCGUGGUGCGCUGGUGCUUACGUAUACAGGCCCUGGCUGUUCUGCUGGGAUGACUUCGCUCCUCAAAAAGGGGCUCAGGUCGGCAGAUUCGAAAUCAUCUACACACACAUACACACACACACACACACACAUUCACAACACAUGAAUGGCAACCAGCGACUCAUCUGCGGAAGGCAGUCUUGGGACCCACCGACCAAUGAAUUUGAGUACAGCCUCCCGUGUGAUGGCUUCGUCCAUUUUGUACUUGACCAUGUUGGACGCGGGGUCCUUGAGCAGCACCAACUGGCGGGGAGAGGAGAGGAGGGGGGCAAACAAAUCAGUCACCUAUGGACUCGUGUUCGUGUAGGUGCACAUACAGUGGGUGUCUCCUCGAAGCUGACGCCGAUGUAGUCGAGGAAGCGCAGCUCUAUCGGGUCAGACACACCUGAACGAACGACACAGACAAAGAGAGAGAUCACACACAUGCCCAGCCCAUUGGUGCGUUUGUAAUGUAAGGUUGUGAGUCUAUCCAUCCCGGCUGGCCAGCCUGCGUACCCACGACAGCCAUCAGCACCCGCCCCUUGAGCUGCUUGGACGCGUCGUGAAGCUGAUGACAAACAAACAUGACACAUGCACUACACGAGUGCGUCCACGGAUUGGUUUGUUGGCUGGCUGACUGGCUGACCGCUUGUUCGGCCUUCCUCCCCUGGUCAUUCUCCUCGCGAAUCACCACCAAGAUGGGCUUGCCCGAACCAAACAGCUGCAGCCACACACCAGACCGACAGACAGACAGACAGACAGCGUUGCCUCUCCACCGCUUUCCCUCUGGCAGCAUAGGAUCUGUGCGUUCUGUACCUCUGGGGCGACAUCACCUGUGAAUUUGUUGACAAGGGGCAUCUUGUUCUCACCAAUAAACUCAAGCUGAGAGAGCGAAAUGGACCGACACACAACACAGACACGGACAGACAUAUGGGUAGGUGAGUCUUUCCCGCCCUGAUCUAACUGUCUGUUCCUGUGUAGGUGCGUACCACAGCUUGAGGGUCGUGGAAGUCACCCUCGAACUGGACCUUCCCCUCGUCAAAGGGCUUGAUGAACAACAAACCGGGCACCUUCGCCUGCACACACACACACACAUUCCCAUACACACACGCAUGAGUGCCUCCAUUGCAAUGCAUUGCGUGUCCAGCCCUGCCCACCCCACCCCACUAGCCACCUGGUAGUGUGACGCGACGGCGGGGCUGAAUGUGUGUGCGAACUGCACCUCCUCGAGCGACCUCGCCACAUUCUCAAAUGAGCUGAUGUCCUCGCCAUCGUUGAAGAACCCGACCAGUGCCAACGGGUUCCUCUUGAGGUAAUCCUGCGCCUGCACAAGGGAGGGAGGAAAGAGCGGAGGAGAAAGCAGCACAUGCACUGGGCAUCUUGUGUGUGUGGAUUGCAAUGCACAUGUCUGUCUGUCUGUCUAUCUGUGUGUGUGUCACCUCACCUCCGCUGUUUGGUUGAGCCGCACUGACGGCGGGCCUGACUUCCUGAAAGAAGGAUACAAAAGUGAGUAUACCUACCGCGGUGACUUACGCCACGCCCGACGAUAUAUGCACACGGUGGCUGACUGACCUCUGUAUCCAGGACACGAUGGCGUUCUCUGUCCUCCCUCCCGUGUACUCCUGCUCUUUCCCGUUCCUGCACACACACAUGCACAGCACAGCACAGCACAGCACAGCACACACAGCAGACAGACAAACAAGUGGUCAAUGCACUGGCGGUGUACAGGCAUCCCAUAUGGCCCCCAUAUAUAGUCUAUCAGCCAUCCACCACUCAUACACACGUACACGAAAAAGAAGAUCGUGGGGAACCCCCGGACUCCGAACCGCUCUGCCAGAGCCGUCUCAACCGUCGCGUCAACCUGCACACACAACCACAACACAACACACCCACACACACGCAUGUGCCCACGUGUUGGUGUUGGUGUGUUAGUGUGUGUGCAGGUGUGUCCGUGUGUGUCCCUGCCUUUGCCAGCGGUAUGUCCAUAUUGGAGCUCUUGAGUGUCUUGGCCGCCUUGGCAUACUCGGGCGCCAGCUGCCGGCAGUAACCGCUGCAGCACCACCCACCCCCAAGUACAGCACACAAACCACACCAAGACAUGCAAUGCUCGUCCAUAUGGCGUGUGUGCAGACAGACAGGUAGAUCUGAUCUGCCGUCCGUCCGGUGUGUUGACUGACUCACCACCACGGUGCGAAGAACUGCACCAAUAUCAUCUUGUGCCUCUCCAUGGCUGCAUCGAAGUUGCCAUCGGUCAGCAGCAGCACCCCUUCCUCCUCAGAUAUCACCGGCACAUCCGCUCGGCAGCCCAGCCGCAGACAUGCCGCCAGCAAGAGGAGCGCCACUGCCGCAUGUCCGUGUCCAUGCCACAAGGCAGGCCGCCGCCGUCGAUGAAGCAUGAUCUCUUCUCUCCCAGUUGAAUCACAGGCGAGAUCUCCGAUGAGCGUGACUAGUCGCCGCUGCUUACGCCACCAGCCCUCCUUCCUUUCCUCCGC